AUGCCUCCUCUUUCCUGUAUUCCCGUAGGCUUCGUCGCUGGUCUUCACGUUUAUAUCAUGGCUCUCGAGAUGUUCUUCUGGACUAAGCCUCGGGCGAUGAAAGCAUUUGGUACGAAGCUGGAAUAUGCAAAGCAAACUCAAGGACUCGCAGCAAACCAAGGGCUCUACAACGGAUUCUUGGCCGCAGGACUGGGAUGGGGUUUAGCACAUCCUGUUGCGUAUUUCGGCAGUCAGAUUCAAUUGUUCUUCUUGGGGUGUGUUGCUGUUGCCGGGUUUUAUGGAGGGAUCACUGUGAAGCCCAAGAUUAUGCUUAUUCAGACGCUACCUGCUACGAUUGGGAUGUUGGCUGUUUGUUUUUCUUAG